UCAACCGCACGUUCCAGUUUUCACAGAGAACCCAAGAAAUCAAACACUCGUCUAGUCUUGAAAAAACUUUUUUAUUACUUUUUUUGAGCCCUUCUCUGUCUCUCUCUCUCUCACACACACACAAAAACACAAGCAAUGCCUUUCACGUACCUAACCACAUUAACCGCAUUGUCUUCAAUGGUUUUUGCUGCAUUUCUUCUUCUUGUUUAGAUGAUGGGUGGCUGCUCCAACUCUUGUUCUUCAUCUUCCUCACGUGGGUCUUCUUCUUUGGCCGCGCCACCUCCAUGGUGCCCAAAGUCACCACCUGGAGGUUUAGAUUUGUUUGGGAAGGGAAGGCAGUUGGUCAAGGUACAAAUCUUGGAGAGAGAGAUUGGUUUGCUUCAGGAAGAGUUAAAAACUGUUGAAGGCCUUCAACCUGCUUCCAGAUGCUGCAAAGAGCUUGAUGACUUCAUUGGGGCUAAACCAGAUCCUUUUGUGUCAAGCAGAAAUGAGAAGCCCCAUAAAUCUAGUUGCCGCUGGAAGUGGAUCUGUCUUUCAUGGAUUUACUGCUCAAGUGAAUGUCAAAAGCCAACUUCUUGUGCCUGCUGUCCAUCGAGUAACUCCCACAGGCAUUCAUGCAGCUGCUUGGAGAAUAUGGCUUGUCAAAGUUGUUGCAAAAUUACCAGACCUUCAUGUCCACGCUUCAGUUUCUGCUGUUUCAAUUCAUCCCUUUGUAAUCGUACAAAGGUGAAUCUAUGUUGCUCAAAAACACUUCACAAGUCAUGUUGUCUAUAAUCAUGCAAUUAUUUUUGCUUUUCUUGAACUGUAACUUUCUUCAGCCUCCUUAAUUAAUCUCAUUAAUUUGCUUUACUUGAA